AUGUUUCUGUUCAUGGUGUUUGCCCUGCUGAUUGCCGUGGCAAUUGCCGUGGCGCCAGCAGCGCAGGCCCUGCGAAUGAAGCUGGCCACCUACGCCCUUGCUGUGCAGUUCAUGCUGGUGGCAAAUGAUCUUCCCAAGACGUUUACCGGGAGUAACUACAUGCGAAUGAAUGCACCCGCCACCGAAGGUUCAAAGCGUGCUAUUCGAGUAGUGUUUAUUCGUCAUGGACAGUCCGUGUGGAAUUCAUUAUUUAACAGCUUCGGAACCACUUGGCCUAUACGCAUACUGAAGGCGAUGGUUCUUGAGGCGAUGUAUUUUUUCUUAGAUCCAUUUGAAUCUGUCAUCAUUGAUUCCCCGCUUAGCUCCAAGGGGAGCUUGGAGGCGGAGGAGUUGGCCCGCUUCAUACGCACGGCCGAUGGCAAGAUAUCCUUUGACACAAAUACGUCACUUGUGGUGUGCAGCAACUUGCGCCGGGCGAUGGAAACCGCACUCCUGGCAAUGCGACCGCGCAUCUCCUCGACGCGAGAAAAAAUUGUGGUGGACUCCUCGCUGCAAGAGGGUUCCCGCAACAUGGAUGCGCAGACGCUUUCCACUGAGCGUGGAAAACUGGUGCCUUGUAAAAUGGGCAACUUGGCCUCCCCGGCCGAGCUAGGCGCUUUCUUUGAUGCGCAUUUGAAUGCCGGCAACAAAACCUCAGACGUUAAUGUCUACGGCAGGAUGGACGAAUUUGUUCGCCACCUCUUCGACGGGUCUCAGCCGGACUCGUACCUCCCAGCCACCUUCUCAGCGCUCGGCAACGCGGAGCUGAAGGAGGUCAUCGUGGUGGGGCAUAGCAGCUUCUUCCGCUGCUUCUUCCGCCGUUUUUUACCUCCGUCCUCCCGGCACAUAUCAAAGGCAAGGAAGCUGCGUAACUGCGGCGUCGUUGCGUUUGAGCUUCUGCGGAAUGAAUCCACAAAUGAAGUAUACAUCGACGAGUCGACCAUCACCGUGCUGCAUAAGGGGUUUUUAACUGUCUAA